AUGGAAAGUGGCACACACAUUGUGCUUGAGGACGACUCUGAGGUGCAUGUUUCACCCAACCUCGGUCUCAUAGAUCCCUUAGUCUCCAGUACCCACCAUUAUCCUCAUCAUCCAUCAGCCUCCACUUUGCAUCUAGCAGACGACAACAUUGUUGAUUCUACUGUUGAUUCUCCAACGGUUAUCUCCAGCACCAGCAGUACACCAACUCUGCCACUCUCGACUACUGGCUCUCGUCCUUCUGGAAUUUCCUCUUCUGAUCCAAAUAUCCAACAAAUACGGCAGCAGCAGCUAUCACAACAGAUUUACACCGAUCAGGUUGGAGCAGUCGCUGGUGCCUCGUUCAAUGUUGUAUCGACACCUCCAUUAGGAGAGACAUCAAAAACCAGCCCUGGUCAGUUGGCUACUCUGCCCAUCGUUACGGCCUCUUUUGUAUCCUCUAUCAGCACGUCAUCUCCCUCAUUCUCUUCUUCCUCUGCUUCUUCUUCGACCUCAUCUAAUAAUAGCCGGACAACGAGAGCAGCUUCCGCUGCAGCUGCUGCUGCAGCCGCCAAGACUUCCUCGGCCUCAUCUGCUUCAUCCAUUUCUUCGGCCUCUUCCUCCUAG